UGUUGGCCACGCUACGUGACGCUACGUGAAAAUCAGUGACGAUGCCGCAAUGGCGGGUUCCAUAGAGAUUCCACUUCGUGAUACAGACGAGGUAAUAGAACUCUACCUUGAUCAAUUACCAGAAGGAGAUGAAGUUCUUGGAAUUUUACGCCAAGAACAUGCCCAGCUUAAUAUCUGGGUCAAUUUGGCCCUUGAAUACUAUAAACAACACAAAAUUGAAGACUUUAUUAAAAUACUUGAAUCUUCUCGGAUUGAUGCAAAUAUUGAUUACCGUGACUAUGAGAAAGAUCAAAUGCGUGCAUUGGACAUGUUGGCUGCUUACUAUGUCCAAGAAGCCAACAGAGAAAAGAAUAAAGAUAAAAAAAGAGAUCUGUUUACAAAAGCCACAUUACUGUAUACAACUGCUGAUAAGAUCAUUAUGUAUGACCAGAAUCAUUUGCUUGGCCGAGCUUACUUUUGCCUCUUGGAAGGCGAUAAAAUGGAUCAAGCUGAUGCCCAAUUCAAUUUUGUACUGAAUCAGUCUCCGAAUAAUAUUCCUUCUUUACUUGGUAAAGCGUGUAUAGCAUUCAAUAAAAAAGAUUACCGUGGUGCCCUUGCAUUUUAUAAAAAAGCUUUAAGAACAAAUCCGAACUGCCCAGCUGCUGUUAGAUUGGGAAUGGGGCACUGUUUUAUGAAAUUAAAUAACCAAGAAAAAGCGCGUCUAGCCUUUGAAAGAGCUUUACAAUUAGAUGGCCAAUGUGUUGGAGCAUUGGUCGGGCUUUCGGUUUUGAAACUGAAUCAACAACAGCCUGAUAGCAUCAAAACUGGAGUACAAAUGUUGUCUAAAGCUUAUACAAUUGAUUCAACAAAUCCCAUGGUGUUAAACCAUUUGGCAAAUCAUUUUUUCUUUAAAAAAGAUUACAACAAAGUGCAACACUUGGCACUCCAUGCAUUUCACAAUACUGAAAACGAAGCUAUGCGCGCGGAGAGCUGCUACCAGCUAGCCAGGGCAUUUCAUGUUCAAGGCGACUAUGAUCAAGCUUUUCAGUACUACUACCAGGCAACUCAAUUUGCACCUCCAGUUUUUGUAUUACCACACUUUGGCUUAGGUCAAAUGUAUGUUUAUCGUGGCGAUGCCGAAAACGCGGCGCAAUGUUUUGAAAAAGUGUUGAAAGCUCAACCAGGAAAUUACGAAACAAUGAAAAUUCUUGGAUCGUUAUAUGCUAACUCAAGUUCUCAGUCAAAACGUGAUAUUGCCAAAAAUCAUCUCCGAAAAGUAACAGAACAAUUCCCCGAUGAUGUUGAGGCGUGGAUUGAGCUUGCACAAAUAUUAGAACAAAGUGACCUUAAUGCAGCCUUAAACGCAUACGGUACUGCAACUAGAAUUUUAAAAGAGAAAGUUCAAGCGGAUAUACCACCCGAAAUUUUAAAUAAUGUUGGGGCUCUACACUAUAGGCUUGGAAAUUUAGAGGAAGCUAGAAAAAAUUUGGAAGAAUCUCUGGCACGUUCCAAAGCAGAUGCCUUACAUGAUUCUGUGUACUAUAAUUCAAUUGCCGUUACAACAACCUAUAAUUUGGCGCGUCUGAACGAAGCUUUAUGUAUCUUUGAUAAAGCAGAAAAGUUGUACAAAGACAUUUUAAAGGAGCAUCCAAAUUAUGUAGAUUGUUAUUUACGACUUGGCUGCAUGGCUAGAGAUAAAGGGCAAAUUUAUGAAGCAUCUGAUUGGUUUAAAGACGCUUUGAGAAUCAACAACGAACAUCCAGAUGCGUGGUCUCUUCUGGGUAAUUUGCAUUUGGCGAAGAUGGAAUGGGGACCUGGUCAAAAGAAAUUCGAGAGAAUUCUCAAAAAUCCAACGACAAGUACAGAUGCUUAUUCAUUGAUUGCGUUGGGCAACAUUUGGUUGCAGACUCUACAUCAAAGCGGAAAAGAUAAGGACCGAGAAAAACGUCAUCAAGACAGAGCAUUGACUAUGUAUAAACAGGUUUUACGAAAUGAUCCUAAAAAUAUUUGGGCAGCGAACGGCAUUGGAGCGGUAUUAGCACAUAAAGGAUGUGUGAAUGAAGCCAGAGAUAUUUUCGCUCAAGUUCGAGAAGCAACGGCAGAGUUUUGUGACGUUUGGUUAAAUAUCGCACACAUUUAUGUGGAACAAAAACAAUUUGUUAGCGCUAUUCAAAUGUACGAAAAUUGCCUUCGCAAAUUCUAUAAAUAUCACCACGUUGAAGUUCUGCAAUACCUUGGAAGGGCAUACUUUAAGGCUGGCAAAUUAAAGGAAGCAAAAUUAACAUUAUUGAAGGCUAGGAGGGUAGCUCCACAGGAUACCGUAUUGUUGUACAAUAUUGCACUUGUACUUCAACGUUUGGCAACGUACAUUUUGAAAGACGAGAAAUCGACUCUAACAACUGUGCUGCAGGCAGUUCACGAAUUGGGACUUUCACAUAAAUAUUUUCAAUAUUUAUCAACGCAUGGAGACAGGAUGGAACAGCUCGCAGAAGGAGAAGCCAGAAGAUGUCAAGAUUUAUUGUCGCAAGCACAAUAUCAUGUUGCUCGAGCUAGAAGAUUGGACGAAGAAGAGAAGAUGCUUAGAAGGAAACAAGAAGAAGAAAGACAAGCAUUCAAAAUGCGCCAGACAGAAGAACAAAGGAAGCUUGAAGAAAUGCGACGCCAGAAAGAAGAGGAGAUGUUACAGAAACGGCAAGAGUACGUUGAAAAGACUAAGAAUGCUUUGGUCUUUGGAGGUAUGCCUUCGGAGAAGGUAGGAAAGAAAGGAAAGAAGGUACGUACAGACCAGUACAUCAGCGACAGCGGUGGUUCAGGACGAGACGAAGGGAGAGAGGAAGCUCCAAGAGAACGGAAAUCACGUAAAAGGAAAGCAAGCGGGGAACGUAAGGAAAGAAAAGGCAAGGGUAAAGGGAAACGCAAGAAGGAUAUGUCGAGUGGUGAAAGUGGUUCAGAAAGUGAUCGACCUAAACCAAAACGUGGAAGGAAGAUUGGAAGUACUAAGAAGCACAAAGGUUCUCGAAAAAAUAAAUCCGAGCCUUCUAAGGGUAAAACUAGUUUCCUGUCCAAGGAAACGAUAUCGACCAGUGAAUCCGACAGUGAUUCGGGUGGUCUUAAAAUUGCUAGCGGGGGCGAGAGCGGCAACGAAAGUCGCCCACGUGGAAGCAGAAAAAUUACAUCCGAUUCCGAAGGUUCACGUGCAUCGCGUUCUAGGUCUCGUUCUAGAUCAAAAUCUAGAAGUCGUUCUAGAAGCAGUUCGCGAUCGCGAUCACGAUCACGAUCACAGUCGAGAUCACAGUCUCGUUCGCGGUCCAGGUCUCGAUCGGGAUCGAAAUCUAGAAGCCCCUCGCGAUCGAGAAGUCGGUCCGGAUCGAGAUCGGGCUCGGCGAAGAGUGGGUCCCGUUCAAGGUCGGGUUCUAGAUCAAGAUCAGGGUCGAGGAAGAGCGUGUCACGGUCAAGAUCGCGAAGUGGCUCAAGAAAAAGUGGGCCAAGAUCAAGAUCAGGGUCUAGGCACAGUGGAUCGAGGUCGCCUAGUGGUUCCAGAAAAGCAAUGUCAAGGUCUAGGUCAAGAUCGAAAUCGAGAUCGAGGUCAAGGAGUGGCUCGCAAUCAGGCAGAGAGGAACAUAGAUCCAGAAGCAAAAGUCGAUCGAAAUCUAAAUCUGUUUCGCGAUCGCGGUCCCGGUCGGGUUCAAGGUCAAAGAGUGGAUCUCGAAGUCGCAGUCCAAGUGGAUCAGCCAGGUCUGCUACUCCAGAAUCCAGAAAAUCGGUUUCUGGCAGCGAUGUCGGUUCCCGCCAUUCGAGUUCGGAAAGGGCUGGCGGUGGAAGCGAAAGUGAAUAAAUUCAUCAUUCGGUCGAAGAUAACUGUCGAUACACGUCAGAGAUACACUGUCGGGACGAAUCACAUAUAUACUUUUUUGUAAGAGUGAAUUUACAUAUGAAAUAUACAAUUUUCCCGAUAUUUCUCAACGGACGUUUUGAACACUCGCUGGAGAAAGUCCGUUACAAAAAGAUGGCGUGCGAGAGCUAUUGGCUGACCGUUCGAUAUCGCGCGUCUAUUUCGAUUAUCGAAGCGCGCGCCCUGGACGCGCUAAAACGAUCACGGAAUCGAUUGAUUUAAAUAUGGUAUUAUACAUUGCAGCGUAGAUGCGCAUCAAGGUAAUUUUUAUUUCGUACGCAAUCUGACAAGGUAUUAUUUAGUUUCAGUUUUUAACGGCGGAAAUAUGAUGACCGUAUCUUUUGUGUUCACAAUGUUUCGUACGUACUAUUAUUUUUUUUACAUACGAAUCAUAAUUUUACUAAAAAUUAUUACGAUUUCAUAUGUAAAUGAAUUUAAUUUGUAAACAGACGUUACUCUUCCUCAUCAUUAGUCUAUUGAUACUUUGUACAAUAAACAGAUAGUUUUAAUCGAUAUUAUACAUUGAAGUUGAUUAUUAUUAUUAAACAAAGUGCAAAAAAAUAUAGUAAAACCAUCCUUUCGAUUACGUU